CCUUCUACUGAAGCUCCUUCCGAUGAUUCAUUUCCUGUAGUCUUUAUUCUUAUAAAGCAGAACAAGUGAGAUAAAAGGCAGCUUGAUGUUUUCAAGCUAAAUAUAAAAUGCACAACAAAGAGAAUUUUUAAAAAGCUAAUACAUUUUGGCACUCUAAGAAAUCAACACAGUGGCUGGAGAAUGCCAGAAAUCCAUUUUUUCUUUGGUGUUUUGCUUUUCCUGAAUCUCUCUGUUUCCUGCUACUUUUAUGAGUCAAAUACUUUGCCAGACAUUGGAAAUCCACACUUUAUUGAGGAAUGUGUCAGAGGGCAUAACAAAUUCCGAUCCAGCGUGAAUCCACCAGCUACCAACAUGAAACGGAUGAGCUGGGACCACAAACUAGCAGAGAUUGCCAAAGGCUGGGCAAAGAAGUGCCGAUUUCAACAUAAUCCUGACAUCAAAGUACCAGGGAAGGUACACCCCAACUUCACAACAGCUGGAGAAAAUAUUUGGACUGGCUCCCUUCAUAUUUUUAAUGUGACUUCAGCCCUCACUGAUUGGUACAAUGAAGUCAGGCAUUACAACUAUGAUACCACAUACUGCAGUGAUGUAUGUGGACAUUACACUCAGGUGGUUUGGGCCGCAACCUACAAAGUUGGUUGUGCCGUUCUCUACUGUCGUCAGAUAACAGGCUUUACUAUAUCGAAUGCUGCACAUUUCAUUUGUAACUAUGGGCCUAGUGGCAAUUUUCCAACAUGGCCAUACAAAACAGGAACACCCUGCAGCGAGUGUGACGAAGAACCAUGUGUAGACAAACUAUGUGGUAAAGUCCAGGAUCAGUCAACUGAAACUAAAGUCCAGAAGGAGUCAACUUGUGACCAGUACUGUAUCACCAUUCUAAUAUUGAGACCAUCUUUUGCUUUAGGGACUUUAGCAGCAGUCUUCUUUGUGAAGCGACAUUAUCCCACAAUAUUUUUUAAUGAAUAAACUAGCAAUGGAAAACUAAAUUUCUGAACUGUGUGAGGAAAAUAUUAAAGAGCUGGUGAAUUAAGCAAGUCAACUGGUACAUGGGAUUAACGAUUAAAUGUCAAGUCAGAAGUCUGCUUUAGAGCAGGCUAGUCAACAAAUCCCAUGAACUGUAGUCAGACAUCUGCAGGACAGCACACUGGCUAUCCUGGCCUGUUUUGUUUUGAAGUUAUUUAGAUGUUUAAAAAUUGACAGCAGUGAAACCCUUUUAGUUCAUGGUUCAAAAGUGGUUUAUGUCUGUUUCUGGGAUGGUUUAUUUCUUUACUUACCUGAUUUUAAUGCAUUUAUGUGUUCAUGUACAUCAAUAAAGCAUAUCAGGGAGGAGGCAUAAAAAUAGUUUAUGUAAAUUGUUGGUAGGGUCUAAAAUGUAAACAGUACUUGGGGAAAAUAAAAUUUAACAUUUUCUCAGAAUCUGCCUUCUUUCCCUAAGUCACACAUCACAAUAUCACAAAUAAAUGCCAGGUACAGGUGUGCAGGCAGCUGGGCAUGCAAACAAGUCUUGCUUUGCUAUCCUCACAACUACAUAGCUGCCAAGUUAUCCCUUUUUUACAGGGAUUUCCCCUCAUGCUGAAUAGGCUUCCUCGCGAGAAAAGGGAAAACUUGGCAGCUAUGCAACUACUGCAUCCCCACCCCAAAUUCCUCUGUUACAGAGGGAUAAAACAGGAUUUGUGAUUGCAAAUGACCCCACAAUAUACUGUACAAAAUAAUAUCUCUGGUAAUAUUGUGUAUGCUAAAAACCUUCAUACAAAAAACUUACAAUGCAAAGAACAAGCUACCAAUUUUACUUUCUGCAAACCUUGAAAUCACUGGGGGUGGGUUUCCAGGCCAUGGAGAAAGUGAGAUUUGCAAGUAGUUUGCAGUUUAUGAAAAC